CAGAUUCUUCACCGAGUGUUGUAAAGUCCUGAACUGAACCCGUCACUAGUAGAUGUGUCAGUGAGGUAGAUGUCAGCUUGAGCCAUGGUGAUUUGCGAUUGGUAGAAAGCAAACAAAUAUAACCAGCCGGAGUAAUGAGCAUCGUGAUUAUAACAGGAACUAGAGCACAGAUUUACACAGGAUCUCUGUGUUUGGACUCAUGAGCCUUUGACUAUGUUAGUAUGAAAAGUAAGCAACUGCAAAACCCCAGCUGUGCAGAACUAUGGACAAAUCAAGCUUUUGCUGUUGACUGCUUGACGCUCUACCUGCAAUACUAGACCAGAUGUACCCGUUAGUUUCCCUCAGAGACCUGCACAAAGGUGUGAUAACAUGCAGCCUUCCUGGUAGAGCUACCAUGUUUUCAACAGACUGAAUUUUCCUCAUGGGAAAUGUCCUUUCACCUCCAUUCCUACUGCUUGUAGCAUCAGCAGAGCAUGGGACAGGGGACACUGCCAGCCCAUGACUGAACCUCUCUCAUCCCUUCUAACAGAAAAAAUAGUACUCAGUGAAAAGACCUUCUCUGCAUCCUGCUUGUAAGCUGUCUUGAAACAGAGGAUCUUACCUGCUGCUGCUCUCCCUAGAAUCCAACGGUUCCCAGAGCAUCUCUCUGCAAUGGCUAUGGUGUGUUUGUCAGACUUUGAAGCUUAUGCUAAAAAGUAUUUACCCAGGAUUGCUUGGGAUUUCUUUGCAGCUGGAGCAGAUGAGUGUAGCACCCGAGAUGAAAACAUCCUGGCCUAUAAAAGAAUUCAUUUCCGGCCACGUAUGCUGCGGGAUGUAUCCGUGAUGGACACAAGGACUAAACUCCUGGGGACUGAAAUCAGCUUUCCUGUAGGAAUUGCCCCCACUGGCUUCCACCAGCUAGCAUGGCCCGAUGGAGAGAAAAGCACAGCCAGAGCGGCCAAUGCCAUGAACACCUGCUACAUUGCCAGCACGUACUCCACCUGCACGCUGGAGGAAAUCUCCGCAGCCGCCCCUGGGGGCUUCCGAUGGUUCCAGCUCUACAUCCACCGCAACAGGGCAGUUUCUCAGCAGCUGGUCCAACGGGCUGAGGCCUUGGGCUUCCAGGCCCUCGUCCUCACCGCGGACCUGCCCUACACAGGCAAAAGACGUGAUGAUAUCCGUAAUGGUUUCCGGCUUCCUCCCCACAUGAAGCUGAAGAACUUGGAGGGAGCCUUUGAGGGAGAUGACUGUUCCGAGUAUGGACUGCCACCCAACAGCUUGGAUCCUUCGGUCACCUGGAACGAUAUUUACUGGCUGCAGAGUCUGACUCGGCUACCUAUCAUCAUCAAAGGGAUCUUGACAAAAGAAGAUGCAGAGCUGGCAGUGAGGCAUGGAGCUCAAGGAAUUAUUGUGUCCAAUCAUGGCGGAAGGCAGCUGGAUGGAGGACCUGCCACUAUUGAUGCUCUGAUUGAAGUUGUGGAGGCAGUACAAGGCAGAAUCGAAGUCUAUUUAGAUGGUGGAAUACGGAAAGGAAGUGAUGUAUUAAAAGCGCUGGCACUGGGAGCAAAAUGUGUCUUUAUUGGACGACCAGCUUUAUGGGGUCUGGCUUACAAGGGUGAAGAAGGUCUUCAGGAUGUUUUGAGGAUUCUCUGUGAUGAGUUUCGUUUGUCAAUGGCCUUAGCUGGCUGUGCCAGUGUCUCAGAAAUUGGCCGGCACCUGGUUCAGUUCUCAAAGUUGUAAACAGCCGCCUGCAAUGCGCUCUGAACAGCAGCAGCCAACAGCUGAGGUCCCAAAACAGACUGAAGAGAGAAAAAGAGGUGCAAAUGCAAAUGUUGAAUGUAGGCGUCUGAGAAGGCCUUCAGGAAACUCCUGAAGCAAUUAGGGAAGGCUCUGUGUUAGCAACAAUCAAAGUUUGCCUUUUUUUUUUUUUUUUUUUGAGACCAAUGAAUUCUUUAAUACUUCAGAUAAAUGUUACUUGCUUAAAUACAUGUAAUUUAAACUGUUUGUUCUCUGACAUUACCUGUGUUGGGCCUUGCUCCCAAAAUCUGUUAUGUCUGGCAGAAAGACUUAGCGGAAAACUAUGUCCCUUGCUUCUUCCACUUGGUCAUCCUACCACAUCAGACUGCAGCUCAAGCUACACACUUUCCUGCUCCAGACAGUAUUAUGAUCAAUGUCUUCCAUUGCCUGGGUUUGCCUGGAUGAAAUCAUAGCAGAUACAGAAAGAAAAUGCAUCAGCAAACAGGCACCUCAGCUCCCCUUUAUGGUGAGAUGAGUCUUGUCCUCUGCUUCUAAAUGCAGAGAAAUGAAGUCACUAGUAACCUAAAUAACCCCCUGUGCUCCCCACAGAGUGAACCUCUUCCUUCGCUACAUGGUUAACGUGGGCUGUAAACUCAUCAGAGCAGUGGUCAGGACACAUGCAUCUUCAGAGCACGGUGCCAGUUUGUGACAGUGCGUAAACAACCCCGCUGGUGCUGUGGUCUCUCAUAACAACAACCAGGAGAUUUUUCUUUUUUCCUUUUUUUUUUUCCUUUUUUUUUUUUUUUCCCACAUGGAUGUUUCCUUUUCUGUAGCAUUCUUUCGGUGACAUCAUCAAGUCUUUCUCCUCUCUCUCUUCCUUACUCCAUCUCCUUUUACCAUAUUGUUGGCUCUACCAG